CGCCUGUGCCUCCGCCGCCGCCGCCGCCACCACCUCCUCCUCCUCCUCCUCCUCCCUCGGCGGAGGUUCCCAAGAUGGCGGCGCUGGCGGAGGGGGGCUACGCGCUGUCGUGCGGGCGGCUCGGCCGCGGCACCCGCGUCUCCGUCUUCCACGUCAAGCUCACCGACUCGGCCCUGCGCGCCUUCGAGGCCUACCAGGGGCGCAAGGACUCGGUGGCGCUGAAGCCGUCAAUUCAGUUUGAAGGAAGCCAAGGGCACAUCUCGAUACCUCGGCCGGAUGGAGCAGCAGGGGCCCAGACGUUCUCAUUUUACCUCUCCAACAUCGGGAAGGAUAGUCCCCAAGGGAGUUUCGACUGUGUCCAGCAGUAUGUCUCCAGCAGCAAUGGGAACAUCCAGCUGGACUGCCUUGGUAGCAUCCAGGACAAAAUCACCGUUUGUGCCACCGACGACUCCUACCAGAAGGCGAAGCAGAGCAUGGCGCUGGUGGAGGAGGAGACCCGGAGCCGGGGGGCCAUCGUCAUCAAGCCUGGGGGCCGCUAUGUUGGCAAGACGGUCAAGGUGCGGAAGCCGGCCCCGGGGGCUUCAGACGCUGUCCCUUCGCGGAUCCGCCCGACGCCUGUCAACAUGGCCAGCGCUAUCAAGAAAGGAAACAGCGCCGUCUCCCAGCGGCCCUUCAGAGACCGCGUCCUGCAUUUGCUGGCUCUCAAGCCCUACAAGAAGCCGGAGUUGUUGUUGCGGCUGCAGAAGGACGGCCUCACACCACAAGACAAGGACUCCCUCGAUGGUCUGCUACAGCAGGUUGCAAACAUGAACGCCAAAGACAGCACCUUCACCCUGAAGGAUUACCUUUACAAAGAGGUUCAGAAGGACUGGCCAGGAUACUUGGAAGGAGACCAGCAGUUGCUGAAGAGGAUCCUUUUCCGGAAACUCUGCCAGCCGCAGAACACCACCUGCCCCCCAGAGGCACCUGCUCCGGCAUCACCAAAAGACAACGCAAACAUCUCCUCCUCCUCCUGCUCUCCACCCCAGAAACGACCCCAGCCCACAGAUUUCACCGACCCUCUGUCCAACAAAAAGCCCCGCAUCUCCCACUUUGCGCAAAGGACUCAGCCCACGCUCAACGGAAAACUGCGCUCGGCCAACGGCAGGGAAGCCCCCCUAGCGCCACCCCCGGAGGUGGUCACCUCCAGUAACCUCUUGCCGGCCCUGGAGCUUCCCAGGCCCCACAACCCCCUCGCCGACGUCAGCAACGACUUGGGGCACAGUGGCCCCAACUUCGAGGCGCCGGAUCCCGCCGAGAGGCUGGCGGUGGCGGCGGCGGAGGUCCCCCUCCAGCCGGUGACGGACUCUGUCCAGGUCAGCAAACGGAGCAAGAAGAGGCUAAAGAAGGAGAGGGAGAGGAGAGCGGCCGAGCAGGAGUCUGAGCCCCGGGAGAAACCGAACUGCAGCCUCAGGAAACGCAGCUCGAAGACCACGGCGCCUUCAUCCCAGGACGCGGCAGGUUUAAAUGGGACGUGCAACAGCUCCAGCGUUCCCACGUCGACGUCGGAAACGCCCGAUUAUUUUCUCAAAUACGGCCCCAUCUCCUCGUCUGAGCAGCGGCAGAGCUACAAGAACGACUUCAAUGCGGAGUACAGCGAGUACCGCGACCUUCACGCCCGGAUCGAGCGGGUGACGCGGAGGUUCAUGCAGCUGGACUCGCAGCUCAGGCAGCUCCUGCAGGGCUCUGAGGAGUACAAGUCUAUCCACGAUCAGAUACUGCAAGAAUACCGGAAAAUCAAAAAAACUAACCCAAACUACAGCCAGGAGAAAAAUCGCUGCGAAUACCUGCACAACAAACUCGCCCACAUCAAAAAACUGAUAGCUGAGUACGACCAACUGCAGUUCCAAUCUUGGCACUGAGAGGGGUGGGGGUGGGGGGGACAGUGAAAGUUUUCGCAGCAACCCCACCACCCGCUGGCGGCAAUUGCAAACCUGUGAACAGCUUCCGGAAUAGGGAAGAGGAGCAGCAGAGCAGCAGGAGGGAAAUGUUUUCAGAGAUCUCUGUGCGGCACGACAAGGAUCAGCCCCCGGCUCCCACCCCCGCGUGAGAGACGACCCGUCGCUUUUGCUGUACACACCCCGGAGUUUUCGGGGGGCGGGGGUACAAGGGGCCCAGUCCCCAUUUUAUAUAAGCAAUUCUCUUUCCGGAUAUUAAAGAAGACAGUGAAAGAAA